AUGGCCAGCCUCGCCAUCACCAUGCAGCGACCCCACGCCCUCCACAGCGCCCUCAACUUGAGUAGCGAGCUGGGCUGGCUGCCCGCAGCACAAAACGGCAGCGCGCGGGAGGCUGGUGGCGGGUGGCAGCAGGCCGCCACCUUUGCCGGUUCGGAGGACGUGCAGAACUUCUUCGAGCUCGAAGAGGGUCUGCAAGCGUGGCAGCGGCUGCUGAUGGGCACCUACGCCAACAGCGAUGGAUCGACGACGACGACAACGACGGCCGGGCGACAGCAGACGCUGUACUACCCGUACACGUGGGACGUGCGACAGUUCCGAGAGGGCAGCGUCAGCGAGCUGCUCGUCUCCUUCGGUCCCGACGGCCGGUUGUGCGGGUUCGAGCUCACGUUGCCCGAAGACGAGGCCGGUCACACCAUUCCCCACGAUCACGCGCGCCAGAUCGCAGAGGCCACGGCCCAGGCGGCGCCGUGGGAGGUGGACCUGGGGCUGUUCGAGCGGGCCGAGAGCUCGCACGUGAAGCAGCUGGGCGGCCGCACCGACCACACGUUCACCUACGAGCGCGCCGGGCUGCGGCUCGGGCGCGAGGGCGAGGGCCGCUUCCAGCUCACGCUCGUCGUCGGCGGCGACCGACUCACCCAGCUCACCUACUCCGUCAAGAUCCCAGAGACCUUCCAGCGCCGCUUCGCCGAGAUGAGGUCGUACAACACUACCAUCGCGUCGGUGGCCACCAUCUUCAUGGCCCUCUUCUUCAUCCUCAUCGGCUAUGGCGUCGGCCUCUUCUACCUCAUGCGCCAAGGGUGGGUGAUCUGGAAGCCGGCGCUGGCGGCGGGCGUGUUCGUGGGCUUCCUGCUGCUGCUGUCGUCGAUCAACGAGUACCCGCUGACGUGGAUGGAGUACGACACGGCCGAGUCGGCGUCGACGUUUAUGGUCACCAACCUCCUCAACUCCCUGGCCACCUUCGUGGGGGCCUCCAUCUGGUUCUUCCUCUCCUACAUGGCCGCCGAGUCGCUCACCCGCCGCGCCUUCCCCGACCACCCGCAACUGUGGCGCUUCUGGGAGGCCGCACACACACCCGCCAUCCUCGGCCGAGUGGUGAGCGGCUACAUGCUGGUGUCGGUGUUCUUCGCAUACGAGGUCGGCCUCUAUUUCUUCUGCCAGCGUAAGCUCGGGUGGUGGGUCCCAUCGUCCGUCCACGAGCACCCGGACAUCUUGGCCACCGUGUUCCCGUGGGUCUCCUCCAUCGCCCUCUCCCUUCAGGCGGGUUCGUGGGAGGAGUGCUGCUUCCGCGCUGUGCCCCUGUCCAUCGCCGCGCUCGUUGGGCGCCGCUUCAACAAGCGGGGCCUCUGCGUGGCCGUCGCGAUGGUGGUGCAGGCCGUCAUCUUCGGCGCCGCCCACGCCAACUACCCCUCCAUGCCCUCCUGGGCUCGGCUGGUCGAGCUGAUCAUUCCGUCACUCAUGUUCGGCGGGGUGUACCUGCAGUACGGGCUGGUGCCGUCGAUCGUGCUCCACUUCGUGUUCGACGUGGUGUGGUUCGCGCUGCCGCUCUUCGCCUCCCCGUCGCGCUUCGACCAGACCCUCGUCAUCCUCUGCGCCCUCGCCCCGCUCUGGCUCGUCCUCGCCAAGCGGUUCAUGCUUAAGGGAUCGGCCCACAUCAGCAACGCCGCGCCUCCACUCAAUCGGGAUUGGAAGCCGCCCGUGACUCAUGGCAACGGCGCCGAGGCGGCGGCCGCCGCGGCACGCCGACAGCUCCCGCGGCGGGUCACGCUUGUCCGGGUGCCGCCGAGCGUGGUGGUGCUGGUCGUGGUGCUGGCCGCCGCCGGCCUCGGCGUGUGGGCCUACGGCCACGGCUUCCCGGCCCCGGCCUCCGACGCGCCGACGCUCCACGUCACCCGCGCCCAGGCCAUCGCCCUCGCCAAGUCCGAACUCCUCGCCCGAUACGCCAAUUCCGACCCACAUUCCGACGCCGAAACCAAUGACCCACAUUCCGACGGCCGCGUCGACAUCCGGAAUGUGGUGGAGCGGUGGUAUGUGAUCGCGACGGUCGACGAGGGAGACUGCGGUGAGGCGGAGGGCGCGUUCGUGUGGGAGACGACCGCCGGCGACGACCGACGCGAGGCCUACGGUCGGGUGGCGGCCGUCGGGUUCCUCGAGCCGCCGCAGUGGCGCGUGCGGUUCGUCCAGUUCGACGUCCACGAGCCCGACGUCGCCGCCCGGGCUGAGCGCUACGCCGUCGCCGUCACCCCGCUCGACGCCGAUGCCGGCGUUCGCCGCGUGGCACACCGGCUGCCCGAGUCGAGCCUCGGGGCCAACCUCUCCCGCGACGCCGCCCAACUCAUCGCCCGCCGCCACGCCCGCCGCCUGGUCGGCCACGACAAGAAUGACAAGAAUGACGACGACGGCCUGGUGCUGGUGUCGUCGAGCUCCGAGCGGCUGCCCAAUCGGGUCGACUGGCUCUUCACGUUCGCCGCCAGGCCCGCGAUUGGUGCGGUUGAGCUGGCGCAGGGCGAGCCGCGGGUGGCGGUCAACGUGUCGGGCGACGCCGUGACCGACCACCGCCGGCUGGUCCAUCUGCCGGAGGAGUGGCGCCGCGAGCGCCAGAACGCCGAGGCGACGCUCGACGUGGUGCGCUUCGCCUGCACGGCUCUGGUCGUGAUGGCCUUUGGCGCGGCGGUCGUGGUGGCGCUCGUGCAGUGGAGCACGGCGGGCGCGAUCGACCACCGCGUGUUUGCGCGGGUCUACGGCCUGCUGCUGGUGGUCUUUGUGUUGACGUGGCUCAACAACUUUCCGACGGCGGUCGAGGCGCGGCUCGACACGUCGCAGCCGCUCUACAAUCAGCUCCUGGUGCGCGCGGGCGUGGGACUGCUCAAGUCGGCCCUGCUGCCCUUCGGCCUGGCCCUGGUGCUGGCCCACCUCCACCACCUCCGCCACCACGCGACCGACGACGCGCCACCGGCGAGGGCGCUCGACCUGCCCUCGCCGGCGGCCAAGGCGCUGCUGGGCGGGCUCGUGGGCGUGGCCUGGGGCGGCCUCACCUACGGGGCGCGCAAGCUGGCGCUGCAUCACCUGCUCUACGCCGACGACGACGCCGAUCCGACGCCGUCGUGCCCGUCGUUCGCGCCGCUGGCGACCUACGUGCCGGCGCUCGACGUUGCGCUUGCGAGCCUCCGCACGCUCUUCACGACGGGCCUCGUCUUCCUCCUCAUCACCACCACCGCCGACCGCUUCGUAGGCCUCGAUCGGAGCCGGCGCCGCCUGGUCGCGCUCCUGGCGGCCAUGGUCGUGGGCGGUGCGGCGCUGGAGGGCGCUUCGAUGGAGGCCAGCGCGACCGAUCCGCUGCGCGACUGGGCGCUGCCGUCGCUCCUCUUCGGGCUGCCGCUCUUCGCGCUCUACGCGGUGGCCCUCUCCAAGGACCGCGGCCUCGUGCCCGCGCUGGCGGCGGCGCUCACCCUGCUAGACGCCGGCCGCGAGGCCCUCUUCGCGGCCCACCCCGGCGCCGUGCUGGGCUUCGCCCUGUCCGUGACCUCUGGUCGCCCUCAUCACCCUCCUAUGGACCUCCGCCCUCCAACUCCCGACCCACACCGCGAAAACAACGGCGGCAGGCGCACCACGCACCAAGAGCGAUUGAUCGCAACACGCGCGUGCGUGUCGUGUCGUGUGUGCGGUGAUGUCGAGCGGCCAAUUGUACAGGGAAUUCGUAGUUGCUUGUUGCUUGUUUAG